AUGUCUGCCAACAAGUUCGUCGCCAUCGCAGCCCUAUUGGCUGUUGCCGAGGCUCGCUUUGGCCAGGAGCAGGUUCCUGUUGCGGCCGUCCAAGCCCUGGGCGCUGCUGGCUUUGGCGAUCCCGGCGUUGCGGCUACCAUUGCCGGCUCCAUUCCCUCUGCUCUCCUCGCCGCGUCGAGCCCUUGCGAUAAGCUUUCCAUCGCUGAUCAGAUGAUCGAUGAGCUCGGCAAUGAUCCCCAAGUCAUCGAAGCAGCCCUUGGCCUGGUGUCCGCCGAAACCAACUUCAACCCGUUCGCUGUGGAUGUGCCCUUUGUCUGUGCCGACCCGGCACUGCCCGCCACCGCUGAGCUGCGAGGCGUCACGCCUCUCGUGGACCCAGCGGUCACCGGUGCUGAUGUCGCCAAUGCCGCGUCUGCGCAGUCACUCAACACGCCUUUCGAUGCCGAGGGUCUGUCCCAGGCUGAGGUGAUGAUCGCCCAGGGCUUCACCAGCUUCACUGCUGUGGAUGCUGCGGGCGAGAACACCGUGCUUGAUGGGCAAGACGGCGGAGCCGAUGCUGGCGCCGGCAAUGGUGCCGAUGACGGGGCCGAUGACGGUGCUGAAGAGGAGGAGGAGGAGGAGGACGACGACGACGACGACGAAGCAGACGACGAAGAGGUCCCAGCCGGUUGUCCGGUGCAGGCUCCCGCCGCCGGCGACGAUGACGAAGCCGACGAUGGUGCGGACGCAGGGGAUGCAGCUGGCCUGGACUUUGGCGUCUGCCAGCCCACCAUGGCCUUUAUCGGUGGCGUGAAUGGCCGUCCUGCCGACGAAUUUACAUUCAUCCCUCAGGAUUCUCUCGUGGCCGAGGGCCAGCAGGAAGCCCUGAACCCCAACAUCAUCACCAACCGUAUCUGCGAUCAGCUGGUCAACGUGUGCGACGCCAGCGAGGCGGCCAUUGCGGCUUGCGAGGAUGCUCAGGCGGAGAUUGAGGCGUUGGGCACGAGGGACCAGAGCACCGCGGACACCUGGAAUGCUCUGCUUGGCUUUGCUGGCACGGACUCCUCUGCCCCAUCUGUCUAA